CAACUUGGGCACAGCAGGCGGGAUUGGGGUUGGAUGGGAGGGUAAACCGGCAGCGUCAGAAAUGCACGAAAGUUCUGCCCCAAUGGCCAUCCGCGCCACCUCCCGCGACUACCUGGCCAAGCGCCGCACAGUGGCGGAGCGCCUGGCGCCGCGCCUGGCCCGCCCCGGCUACGCCGCGCCGCUGGAGCGGCUGCUGCGUCAGGCCACGGAGGGGCUGGCCUGGCAGGCGGACCACAUCACGCCCGUGUACGCGGGAGGCGGGCUGUGCGACGUGGACAACAUGCGCACGCUGUGCGUGGCGUGCCACGCGGACGUGACCAAGGCGCAGUGCAAGGCGCGUGCGGCGGAGCGCAUGCAGCGGCGGCUGGGCACACGCGACAUACGCAGCUUCUGGACCACAGCAGGCACAGCAGGUGGGGCCGCUGCUGCGCCCGCCCACCAGCGCCGCCGCGCCGCGGGCAGCCGCCAGCCCGUGUACCUGGACACCACUGAUGACGACACAGACGCCGCCGCCUCCCAGCCCGCCACCCAGCCCAACUCCCAGUCGCCACCGGCGCCCUCGCUGCCGCCGGCACAGCAGCAGCAGCAGCAGCAGCGGCAGCAGCAGCAGCAGCAGCAGCUGCCUGCUGCUUCGAAGGGCUCAGCCGCAGGCAGCGGAAAGGUGAGGGGCGGGGCUGCAGCAGGCACAGCGGCACCGGCAGCCGCCGGGACCAAGGCCGGGAGCAAAGCUGGGUGCAAAGCCGCACCCGGAUCCGCUACUGCUGGCGGUGGCGGCGGCGGCGGCGGCGGAGGUGGCGGAAGUAACGCCGCGAAGCGCAAGGCUGCCGAGGCCUCGGCGCCCGCGGCAGCAGUCGCCAACAAGCGGCAACGCGGCAGGCCGCCGGUGGCGCCGCGGGCGGUGACGUUCAUCGAUGACGACGACGAGGAUGACAACGUGUGGGAGUUCCAGAUCCUGGACGAAACCGAGAAGCAGGAGCAGGAGCAGGGGCAGCAGCGGCAGGAGCAGGCGCAGGGCCGCGGGCCUGCGGACGCUAGGCAGGGGCAGCAGGCGGGCGCUGGCUCCGAAGGUUUGGUCGCGGCGUCAGCCCACCAGCCACAUCCGCGCGACCAGGCGCUCGCACCAGCUCCGCCGCAGUCGCUCGCUGGGGGCCGCCGCCGCCGCACCCCGCAUGCGGCUGAUGAGGACCACCCGCGGGCUGCUGCAGCGGGGCUCCGUGCCGGUUCAGAGCCGCACCCGCACCUCGACCCGCACCCGGAGCCGCACCCGCACCCGCACCCGCACCCCGACCCCGACCCCGACCCGCACCCGGGCGCGCCCUCGCUAUGGCAGCUGCUGGCGGAUGUGGUGGACCUGGCGGGAGACAGCGAGGAAGGCGAGGAGCAGGAGGAAGAGGGCGAGGACGGCGGAGGCGGUGGAGGCGGCGUUGCCGGUGGCGCCAGUGGCGCCGAUGGCGGGGAUGGCCAAGCAGCCGAGGGCGUUGCCGGCAGCGCUGGGGCCGAGCAGCUGGGUGCGGGGGGCGGCGGCGGUGAGGCCGGCGGCCUUCGCGGUUGCGGCUGCGGCGGUGGCGACUCGGAUGGCCCAGAGGUGUUGGCGCUGGAGCCGCGCCGCCCAGCAGCAGCAGCAGCAGCCGUCAGCGUCAGUGCGGCGCCGCCGGUGAUGUCCGGAGCGGGUGGUGCGGGCGGCGGCGGUGCGGAUGCAAGGAGUCAGCAGGCAGAGGUGCGCUCUCCGGCAGCAGCAGCACUGGCGGAGGCAGCAGGGCUGGGUGCAGCUGAUGAGCGCGGUACAGGCGCUGGGGUAUGGAGAGACGGUGAGGAGCAGGAGAAGGAGGAGGAGCCGAGUGCGGGACCCGCCCAGCCGUCGCAGCGGCAGCAGCUGUCUCCGGGUCGGUCCUGGGCGGGCCGGCUGCGAGACCGCGUGCAGGAGGGCCGGGUUGGAGCGGGGGGUGGUGGCGGCAGCCCCGGAGGAGCCGGCGCGAGGCAGGCCGCUGCGGCCUGCGCCACCGCUGGCGCUGGAGGCCAGCAGCAGUCGGUGGGAGCGCAGCAGGGGGAGGAGCAGCCCGCAGGCGAGAGCGCCAGCGGCUUGGGUGGAGGGUGCGGCGCGUGUGCGCUGCCGGCUGCAGCACCACCAGCGCGGGCGGCUCAGCAGCAGCAGGCGACGGGGUCACAGGCGGUGCAGAGGCCGUGGCCGCGGCCGCGAGGUGAGCAUGAGCGGGAGGGAGUGCUGGGGAGCAAGCCAGAGUCGUGCGGGCAGGAGGCGUGCGGGCAGGAGCCGCCACUCCGCCAUUUGGAGGUCGCAGCAUAUGCUGAUGCUGUUGCUGUUGCUGCAGAGGUGGCGGCAGCGGCGCCUGCAACCGCCGCCGCAGCUGCCCGAGCGGUGCCGGAACGGCGCAGUCGCUUGGCGCUUCGGAGCAAAAGACUCCCUAGCUAGGUCCAGAUAUUGACACGGUAUUGUCGUAAUUUCAUUGUACCGGGACGGCGGCACGCCGUGACGUUCUGCAGAAUGACUAUUUUGUUCUUACAGUGCCGCACGCGUGCCGCGUGUCAGAUACAACAAGAAAGGGGACCACGCAUCCGGACUCUGUUUGCAAUGCAACGCUGUGUUUGUGUGCUGCGCGUACGUAUGCAUGGUUGGUAGUGUUUGCAGCAGCGCACAGGGACCGCGAGAUGAGGUGGGUUGGGUGUAUGAGGUCAUGGGGUUGGAGGCUGAAAUACCGAAUGCGCGGAAGGACUGCGUGCGGGCUUAGGACACGCGCGCGCGGCACGCAAGUAUGGGCAGCGCUGCUGAUGGUUGACUGAUGUGCCCAGCUGUGGAACCAAGUAAGUAAAUGGUGCGGCCCCUGUUCGCGCCAGGUCCCCAGGCAAGGGAGGCAGGCCAUUGCGUAAGGCGCCCAGCAGAAGAAGCACACGC